AUGAGGUUACUCUCUUGGAAUGUCCAGGGUAUUGGUAACCCUCUAACUAAGGAUCAUCUAGACUAUCUCUGCCAAUAUUACAAACCUGAUGUUGUAUUCUUAGCCGAGACAAAAUCCCCCUUGUCUCGGAUGGAGCUGCAUUUAAAAAAACCUCUCUUCCAUGACUGGUUUAUUGUGUCGUCGGUGGGAAUAGCGAAGGGACUAGCAAUAGCGUGGUAUAAUAAUGUUGAAAUGAAACUAGUUUCAUCAAAAUUCAAUGUGUGUCAUUUCGAAUUAAAAAUAGGAGAACUCGAAACAUUGGUUACAUGUGUUUAUGGUGCUAUUGAUGCUAAUGAUAGAAUAAAUCAGUGGACUCAUAUUGCAGAACUAGCGAAACUCAUUUCCAAACCGUGGAUUCUAAUUAGAGAUCUAAAUGUAAUUUUGGACCCGAAGGAAAAACAAGGUGGCAAUCAGACAAGCUCAAGCAGUAAAUCCUUUAUUAUUCAAACCAUAGACUCUAUGGGAUUACAAGACGCGAGAUAUGAGGGAGCGCCAUUCACGUGGUCUAACAACCGAAAAGGGGAAGCAAACAUUUGCGAAAGAAUUGACAGAGCGUUAACUUCCGUCAGGUGGGCACAAAGUUUUUCGGAUACUAAAGUAACUCAUUUACCGAGAGUUGGUUCAGACCAUAUGCCUAUCUUAUUAGAUUCGAGCCCACAAAAUUAUAGGAUUCAGAAACCAUUUAGGUGCCUUCGGUCCUGGUUAACUCACUCUACACUCCCUACGGUAGUUGAAGCCUCAUGGAAAUUACACUCUGCCAUCUCCGGUGAGACAUCUCUCUCUGGUCUCUUAAAGUUACUAUCUUCUGAUUUAGCUCAUUGGAACACAAAUGUUUUUGGGAACAUACAUAAGAAUAUUAGGACCAUAAACAAUAGAAUCGAUAGCAUCCAUCGAUCCGGGAACAUCGCUAAAGAAAUUGAUAAAAUAAAAAAUCUGCAAGCGGAGCUAGGAAAUUGGUAUAAAAUCAAAAAUGAUUACUAUCACCAGCUUUCAAGGGAUAAAUUUUUCAAAGAAUACGAUCAAAAUACAGAAUAUUUUCAUGCCUCUGCCUCGAAUAGAAAAAGAAUCAAUGCGAUUAAUUCCCUUAGAGAACCUUCUGGGCUUUGGCUUUCGGAUAGAGAUCAAAUCAACUCUUUGUUUCUUAAACAUUUCCAACAAAUAGGCACAUCCCAAAACAGUAACUUUGAUUUUGAGCUUUCUACCAUCAUAAACCCUUGUAUCAGUUCCGAAGAAAAUGCCUCUUUGACAGCUAUCCCCACAAAAGAUGAAAUCUGGAAAACCAUCUCUAAUAUGAAUCAAUGGGGAGCACCUGGACCAGAUGGUUUUCAGCCAGGCUUCCUUAAAGCAAACUGGGAUUUUUUGGGAAAAGAUACAAUUAACAAAAUCCAGGAUUUCUUUCGAUCCGCCAUCCUCGACAAAGAUCUCAAUCAUUCUUUCAUUACUCUCAUUUCCAAAAUCUCCAUUCCCAAACCCCAAGGGACUUCAGACCUAUUAGCCUAA